AUGAACGUCCCAUUCGCUCUCCUCCAAAGGCCGCUCCUCCAGCUUGGCCUGCGCGCCAUCUGCGCCCAGCCAUCAUCUCGUGCCGCGACACGCCUCCUCUCGACAUGCAUCACCUCGACGAAGACGACGACGACGACAACCACACACACACGCUGCCUCGACGGCACUGCACAUGGGCUGCCGCGCUUUGGCAGCAGAGUGGACACCCAAUGGCCCAGUGCGAGGACAUAUGCGACCACCCGCACCAUCGUCAUUGAUCGCUACGAAGACCUGCCCGACGACUAUGUCGACAAGGACGGCCUGCCGUUUCGCACGACCGAGCUGUCGUCGGCCGAGGUGAAGAAGAUCUUCGGACCCAGGACCAAGAGCGUCAACGCCAACCGCCUGCUGAGGAUACUGCACGGCCGCCGGGUCGCGGGCACCCUGAAAGACCCGGCCUACAGCGGCAACACCUUCUCUUUCACCAAGGACGAGAAGCUCAGGGCCAUGGCCUAUCUGCGGAAGAGGGUGCCCGUUGACGAGGUUCUCAACGAGGGUCUGCGCGCCGAGGACGAGCUGCGCGAGCUCGAGCAAGAGGCGGCCGGCGAGGUCAUGGCAGACGGCGACGGUGCAGCGCCGCCCCAGACGACGCAGCAGCACCCCCGAGACCAACAACCGCAGCCGCUGCGUCGCAAGUCCGACUCGGUAUACGGCGACAGCGUCUUCGACAACAUCCGCGCCAGGAACAUCGCCAAGCGCGAGGAGCGCGAGCGCCUCGAGGCCGAAGAGCGCGCCGAACGCGAGCGCCUGCACCCGGGGCCCCUGGCCAAUCUCUCCGACGGCCCAGCGCGCCCGCUCUCGCCGCAGCUGCAAAAGUGGUCCGACGCCGCGACGUCCAACCUCGAGGCGCCCCCCGAGAUGACGCACGUGGAGCGCCUGCUGCCGGCGACGACCCUCGUCGUCCUCGUCGUCGCCGCCCUCGCCGGCUUCGCCGCCGUCUACACGCCGCCCGCCCAGCACGACCGCCUCUUCCCCGAGGUCUCGCUGGCGACCGCCACCGUCGCCACCCUCAUCGGCCUCAACGCCCUCGUCUUCCUCGCCUGGCGCGUGCCGCCCCUCUGGCGCCUCAUGAACCGCUACUUCCUCCUCGUCCACGGCCUGCCGCGCCCGGCCUCGCUCGUCCUCGCCUCCUUCAGCCACAGCACCUUCCUGACCCAUUUCCUCCCCAACAUGGCCGCCCUCUGGGUCCUCGGCACCCUCCUCCACGACGACGUCGGCCGCGCCCACCUCGUCGCCCUCUACGUCGCCUCGGGCGCCGCCGGCUUCCUCGGCAGCCUCUACUGGCUCACCCUGCGCGGCCACCUCCUGUUCUCGUCCCUCGGCGCCUCGGGCGCCGUCUACGGCCUCGCCGGCGCCUACUUUUGGCUCCACCGCUUCGACCACUUCAAGAUCCUCGGCUUCCCGCCGGCGCCCCUCGAGGGGCCCCAGGGCCUUGCCUUCCUCGGCCUCAUCGUCGGCGUCCACGUCUUUGCCUUUCUGCGGCCCAAGACGACCAUUGACCUCAUGUCCCACAUGGCCGGCAUGGCCGUCGGCAUCCUCGGCGCGUCGCUCGCCAGGGGCGCGAAGCAGCACGGUGGCGCCGCCGCCGCCGCCGCCGCUGCUGCUCCUGCUCCUGCUUCUGCCGCGUCGGACAUGAAGAGGGUCGAUCUCGUCCGGGACGUGCGCGUCACGACGACGUCGGCGGGCGACAAGGGCGGCGGAUCUGCGUAG